UGGAAAACAGGAGGUUGGUUUUGGUGUCUGUAGCAUCAAGAAACCGGAGGGAAUGCAGGGCUGUGACAGCUCUCUGCCUCCCCUGGAGCUGCUGAGUGUUUGCUCUGGCUGCACAAAGACCAGGAUCCUCCCCAAGAGGCUGACACGUUAUUUGCCUGAGUCAGAGAAGUGAAAGAAUGGUACAGAAAGGCAGUGUGGUUAAUUCCCUCCCACUGCUUUUGUUCCACAGGAGAUCAUUAAAGCUGAAAGGCAAUGAUAACAGUGAAGCCCUUCCAGAGUCUAUCCCAUCUGCUCCUGGAACACUGCCUCAUUUUAUGGAAGAACCAGAUGAUGCCUACAUUAUAAAAAGCAACCCUAUUGUCUUACGCUGUAAAGCUAUGCCAGCUAUGCAGAUUUUCUUCAAGUGCAAUGGUGAAUGGGUCCAUCAAAAUGAGCACGUGUCUGAGGAAAGCAUGGAUGAGACUACAGGAUUGAAGGUUCGGGAGGUGUUCAUCAAUGUGACGAGACAGCAGGUGGAAGAUUUUCAUGGCCCAGAGGAUUACUGGUGUCAGUGUGUGGCAUGGAGCCAUCUAGGGACCUCAAAGAGCAGGAAGGCAUCUGUCCGCAUAGCUUAUUUACGGAAGAACUUUGAGCAAGAUCCCCAAGGGAAGGAGGUUCCCAUCGAAGGGAUGAUCGUCCUCCACUGCCGCCCACCCGAGGGAGUCCCUGCAGCUGAGGUGGAAUGGCUGAAGAACGAGGAGCCCAUAGAUUCCAACCUGGAUGAGAACAUUGACACCAGAGCAGAUCACAACCUCAUCAUUCGACAGGCACGCCUCUCUGACUCGGGGAACUACACCUGCAUGGCUGCCAACAUCGUUGCCAAGAGAAGGAGCAUGUCUGCCACGGUCGUGGUGUACGUUAAUGGAGGCUGGUCAUCCUGGACCGAGUGGUCCAACUGCAACGCUCGCUGCGGUCGGGGCUGGCAGAAGCGUUCCCGGACCUGCACCAACCCUGCUCCGCUCAAUGGAGGUGCCUUUUGUGAAGGGAUGUCUGUACAGAAAAUCACCUGCACUUCUCUCUGCCCUGUGGAUGGAAGCUGGGAGGUGUGGAGCGAGUGGUCUGUGUGCAGCCCCGAGUGCGAGCACCUGCGGGUUCGGGAAUGCAUCGCGCCGCCUCCCCGCAACGGGGGCAAAUACUGCGAGGGCGUGAGCCAGGAGUCUGAGAACUGCACGGAAGGGCUCUGCAUUCAAGAUAAAAAACCUCUUCAUGAAAUAAAAUCCCAAAACAUUGAGACUGCCAGUGACAUCGCCCUGUACUCUGGCCUGGGAGCCGCAGUCAUCGCUGUAGCCGUGCUGGUGGUCGGCGUCACCCUGUACAGGCGGAGUCAGAGUGAGUACGGCGUGGAUGUGAUUGAUUCAUCUGCACUGACAGGAGGCUUCCAGACAUUUAAUUUUAAAACAGUCAGACAAGGUAAUUCCCUGCUUUUGAACUCAUCCAUGCAGCCCGACCUGACGGUGAGCAGAACAUACAGCGGGCCCAUCUGCCUGCAGGACCCCAUAGACAAGGAGCUGAUGACAGAGUCUUCACUGUUCAACCCGCUGUCAGACAUCAAAGUCAAAGUUCAGAGUUCAUUCAUGGUGUCCUUAGGGGUGACAGAGAGAGCCGAGUACCAUGGAAAGGCGCAUUCUGGGACUUUUCCUCAUGGGAAUAACAGAGCUUUUGGUACAAUACAGGCUAGAAACAAGGCUACGUACAUUCAGAACCUGUCUUCUAUUUCAACCACAAGUGAACUGAAGACAACUGCCAUUUUUGGACACCUGGGAGGCCGUCUAGUGGUUCCAAACACAGGAGUCAGUUUGCUGAUACCACAUGGAGCAAUUCCCGAGGAGAGUUCAUGGGAAAUCUACCUUGCCAUCACUCAAAAGGAAUCCAGCCUAGAGCCAGAGGGCACGGAUGUUCUUCUAGGGCCAGAAGUCACGUGCGGGCCCUCAGAGGUGGCUGUGAGCACCCCCUUUGCCCUGACCAUACCGCACUGCGCACAGGUCAAUUCGGAGCACUGGAACAUUCACCUGAAGAAACGCACACAGCAAGGAAAAUGGGAGGAAGUGAUGUCUGUGGAAGAGGAAACUACUUCUUGCUACUGCCUGUUGGAUCCUUAUGCCUGUCACAUUCUCUUAAACAGCUUUGGAACUUAUGCUCUUAUUGGAGAACCGAUCUCUGACUGUGCCGUUCGACAGCUGAAAGUCGCCGUUUUUGGCUGCCUGUCUUGCAAUUCUCUGGAUUACAAUCUGAGAGUGUAUUGCAUGGAUAACACACCUUGUGCGUUUCAGGAAGUGGUUUCAGAUGAAAAACUCCAAGGAGGACAAUUACUGGAGGAACCCAAACUUUUGCAUUUCAAAGGGAAUACCUUCAGUCUGCAGAUAUCUGUCCUCGAUAUCCCUCCGUUCCUUUGGAGGAUUAAACCAUUUACUGCAUGUCAGGAGGUGCCGUUCUCCCGUGUGUGGUGCAGCAGCCCCAAGCCUCUGCACUGCGCCUUCUCCCUGGAGCGCUACAGCCCCGCCACCACGCAGCUGGCCUGCAAGGUCUGCGUGCGGCAAGUCAAGGGCCACGAGCAGGUCCUGCAGAUCCAGACCUCCAUUCUAGAGAAUGAAAGAGAAACCAUCACUUUCUUUGCACAUGAUGACAGCAACUUUCCCGCACAGAUGGGCCCAAAAGCAUUUAAAAUCCCCUACUCCAUCAGGCAGCGGAUCUGUGCAACGUUUGACACACCCAAUGCCAAAGGCAAAGACUGGCAGAUGUUAGCACAAAAGAACAGCAUUAACAGGAAUCUCUCCUAUUUCGCUACACAAAGCAGUCCAUCUGCUGUCAUUCUGGACCUCUGGGAAGCCCGACAUCAACACGAUGGUGACCUUGACUCCCUAGCCUGUGCCCUGGAAGAAAUAGGAAGGACACACUCCAAAAUCUCGGACAUAACAGAAACUGAGGUUGAGGAGCCCGACUUCAACUACAGCAGGCAAAACGGACUUUAGUCACUCUCUCCAUUCAAGAACUGAGGGCCAGCUUUGACUAUGACACUAGAGAUUCUCUUUGGCAGGGAGGAAAUAUGGGUUUCUGCACAUCAGGGUCUGCAUGGAGACAGACACUCAGUUCCACAAUGCAGUUUUCAGUUGGAGGAGCAGAAGCAGCCCUAUUAAAAACAGUAAUACUGAUAUAAAGCCUAGUGGAAAUCAGUGAAUAUGAUAUGGAAUAUUUGAAGCCAUUAGAGGUUAAACCUGGUUUAAAGCUUUGGCUUCUUGGGGCCUGGAGCCCCC